CUUGUGAAAAUAUAGACUUUGGGUUGGUGGGUGUUUUGGGCUCUUUAUUUUCUUCAAAACCCAUAUCACUGUUUUUCUCUCUCUCAGACAUCUGAAGCAAAACCAAGAUUUUGAAUUGAAUAGGAUUGAAGCUGUUUGAUCAAUUGUUGCAAGUAAUCUAAGGAGAUAUCUAGUGAUGCCCUUUGGGAAUUGGCAAUCAAUGGAGAGACAAGGGAGUGGAUUGUGGAGAUCGUUGACAGAUGGGGACUUUGAGGAGGAAGACGUUUGGGAUGUUCUGAGAGAAAGAAAAGAUUCAAUUUCUAGGUUUAGCAAAUCCAUGAAUUCCUCUGUUUCUGUACCCAAACACCUCCUUAGUGCAGCAAGAAUGAUCCCAAAACCAACCAUCAACGCUAGCACCAGUAGCAGCAAUUGUACUAGUGCUAGUAAUAGCAAUCAAAUCCUUGAAGCCAAACCUUUUCAACAAUCUGCACCAGUCACAAUCCCAAAUUGGCCAAACAAACACCAUAGGAAGCCAAAGAACCUAACCAAUGGUGAUGAUGAAGAUGAUAAAGAUUUUGAUGUUGAAGAUGAUAAAGAUUUUGAUGGUGAUGGUGAUGUGGAAGAGGAGGAGGAGACUCCCAAUAUGCCACCUCAUGAGUUGAUAGCAAGAAGGCUUGCCAGGACACACACUUCUUCCUUUUCUGUUUUGGAAGGUGUUGGGAGGAAACUCAAAGGGAGGGAUCUUUGUGAAGUGAGGAAUGCUAUUCUUACAAAAACUGGUUUUCUUGAAUCAUUGUGAUCAUAAUUAUUCAAAGUGUAAAUAGAUCUUCAUUGUAGUGAACUAGGUAUGAGAUGAUUUGUGGGUUUGGUUGUCUUAAGAAUUUGAAAUUGGUUUAAGGUCUCUUUAAUUUGUGGGUUUUCAUGAUUAGGGUUUAUAUCUACAUUGUUAUAUAAUAUGAACGAAUUCAGUGGAUUAAUGUCCAUUUCUAAGUGGGAUUUGGUUGUUAAAUCAUAUGUUAUGUUCUACAAUUAACAAUGUAUUGAAAAAUAUUAUUUUUUCUA